UUUGGCUAUGAACAUACAACCUUAUUCCAAACCCCAAAUUCACCACAACUUAAUUUAUGAAUUUUCAGCAUUUCAUCAAAACCCCAAAAUGGCUGUGUUGAUAUUUCUUCCCUCAUUCAUUCACCUUCUUCUGCAAUUCUAUUAUUAGUAAGUGAUAAUGCAUUAUCCACCCACCACCACCCUUAACAUUCUGCCUGCAAUUUUCUGCUUUCACAAUUCACAAAUAUCCAAAUUCUAUCAUCAAUCCUCUGAUUAUUCCUCUUUCCGAAAAUUAAAUAAGAAAUCCUGACUUCUAUUGAUCAUCCGCACAAAUCAUUUGCCUCCUACCUGAUUGACCUGUGUUUCUUUCCAUGCAACUACUUGUGGUGAACGUUUGUCCAAGUUUUCCAAUGGUUUACUUUAUCAACAACAACCUCAAUUAACACCCUACCCCACAUCACUAAGAAAAUCGACAAAAUGGGGUUUUUCUUGUGAUCUUAGCGUCGUGUCGUGAUUUGUGUUUGAAAUUCCCAAAUGUCUGUUCAACAAGAGAAUGGGGAAUCUGAAACCGAAAACGUUUCAGACGCAGCUUCUUGUCUUCACGACCUUCUAAAAUUGGAAACCUGGGAGGACAGCCCGAAGAAAUCACAGCCAUCUUCUCUCUGUGCCCGAAAGAGGCUGCAGAGUAUAUUAACUGAAGCUGGCAAUGGUUUUUGUGCCGAUUGUGGAGCUGCAGAUCCUAAAUGGGUAUCCUUGACCAUUGGAGCAUUCAUAUGUAUAAAGUGCUCUGGUGUGCAUAGGAGCCUCGGAGUGCAUAUAACAAAGGUUUUGUCUGUGAAGCUUGAUGAGUGGACAGAUGUGGAAGUUGAUGCCUUAAUCGAGAUGGGAGGAAACAAUGCUGUAAAUUUCAAAUAUGAAACCAACAUCCCUGAAGAUCACAGAAAACCAAAACCAGAUGCUUCUGUAGAGGAACGUGCUGAUUUCAUAAGGAGAAAAUAUGAGCUUCAACAGUUUGUUAACAAAGAAUUACCAACAUGUUUGCCUUUUCCAUCGUCAACUUCAGCAUCCCAUAGCCAUUCUUCUAGUUGUACUUCUCACUCGGGAUCUGAGAAGAAACACUACAAAAAACAAUCCACUACACGCAUUCAUGGUCUGGGGAACGCAUUUCGUUAUAGCUGGAAACGAGAGCACAAGGCAACAAAGAAAAGCAACACAAUGGCAGGUAUGGUUGAAUUUGUAGGAUUGAUUAACGUCAAGAUUGUGAGAGGCACUGACCUAGCUGUCCGGGAUAUGGUCUCUAGUGACCCAUAUGUCAUCCUCAAUCUCGGAAAUCAAUCUAUGAAGACACGAGUGAUAAAGAAUAACCUCAACCCCGUUUGGAAUGAAAAACUAAUGUUGUCAAUACCAGAGGAUAUUCCUCCCCUUAAAUUGCUAGUAUACGACAAGGACACCUUCUCAACCGACGACUUCAUGGGAAGCGCUGAGAUUGAUAUUCAACCACUUGUCUCUGCUGCAACAGCGACAGAGUCUUCGUCAUUUAGUGAACCAAUGCAGCUGGGGAAUCAGAAAGCAAGCAAAGAGGAGAAUCAGAAAGCAUGCAAAGAGGAGAAUCAGAAAGCAAGCAAAGAGGAGAAUCGGAAAGCAUGCAAAGAGGAGAAUCGGAAAGCAAGCAAAGAGGAGAAUCGGAAAGCAUGCAAAGAGGAGAAUCAGAAAGCAAGCAAAGAGGAGAAUCGGAAAGCAAGCAAAGAGGAGAACACCGUUGCAAGAGAUGGUGCCAUCAUCUUAGAAGACGGUAAGGUCAAACAGCAAAUCGCGGUUAGGUUGCAGAAUGUCGAGAGGGGAAUGUUGGAGAUUGAGCUUGAAUGUAUGCCUCUCAUACAAUAGCUGCAGAAUGUAGCUUCUUAGCAAGUUAGUCACCUAUAUAUAUCUGGCCUCUUUUGCUUAAUCUGUUAAUAGAGAAUUAAUCUCAGAAAUUGUGUAUGUCAUGUGUUGUAGAAUUGUAAGAAAGAGUGGUGCAAUGGCGCGGCAUCGACUUGUAGCACUGGAUCGUUGACUGCUCUUACUAAACUCUAAUUAAAUUAGGAAGAAAAUAAUUUGCUCGAUUUUUGUAUCA